GAAAAUGUUGAGCAGUAUCACGAUGAAUUUAGUUUGGGCUGUGAGGAAACCCUCCACUCCCGAGUGAUGAAGAAAGAAGAAUUCUACGUGGAGCGAAGUUUAGAAAUGCGAGCAGUUUAAUGAUUUGUUGCUCUUUACUUUUAUCAAGUCGUGGCCGGAUAAUUUCGUCAGCCUUUAUCACCCAACCUCUACCUGGAGAGCCGCGAGCCCAGUGAAAGCGAGGACAAUGACCGCAGCCAUCACUGCAGUUGACACCGAUUUCAAUCUGCCAGCGCCCUUGGCAGCUCCCGUGCUGGCUACUAGCUCUGCUACAGCACAACUACCAAGCGCACGAAAAAAUGAGGUGCGAGGCGAGGAGGGUGUUGCCAGUGCGAGUGGGCAAGACAAUGACUGCACGCCAGAAGAUGACAAAAAGAGCGAUGGUGCUGCUAGCGACGAUACUAUAGAGAGUAUCAGAAGCAUUGACGUAGAGCUAGAUAGCACUUCUAGAAGAAGACCAAGCGGCGAACGGAGUAGGGAUUUGCUCUCCAACGAAGAGGACAGUGUUGACCGUGAUGAUAGCGCUAAUGGUGCCGGCGUUGGGAUCGAGGACGACCGCAUCGUGAAAAGCGACGCUGCAGUGAAUCGGGAUGUAACGCUUUUCAUAGCAACAACUGCAACUGCUGGUUUACUUUCUACAAUUUUCUCCAGCUCGAGUAGUUCUUCCGCCGUCGUCGAACCACGUCGCACUCGCAUCAGCACCGGCGCCGCAGCCAGUAAUCCCUUCGUUCCGGACCCAGAAAACAUUCUGCGAAGCAAAAAUGGACCGCGUUUGGUUACCGACGUCGUUUCUGACUUUCCGCAUGCAGGAUACGAUGACGAGGGCUAUCGUAUACACGGAAAAAUGCCGCCGUUGCAAAACUGGCUUCCACUGGUAAGUCUAAGUGAAACAUGCUUAUAUAAUGCCCUUUGUUCCAUGAGCAUGACCAUGAGUUGAUGGUGCUUUUUUAAGCUACAUAUGCGGUUCUUGCAUGGAGCAUCAGAAUGAAAAUGACAAUCACGACAGGGGCAGGCUGGUUACACGAAAUGCGGACAACGGUUUUGGCAGACAGACGAUGGACAGCUUUUUGAAUACGAGCGAAAUGCCGACUCAUCUGACGGUCUUUCCCAUAAUUUCAUCGUAAUUCGCGAAAUCGAGAAAAACAAGAAGCUUACACCCAAAUUACCAAACUCUAUCCGGAGCGAAUGGCUCGCUGACGAUCUUCAGCACCACCAGCAGAAGCUGUCCAUAGAUGAAGACCGCGAAGAGGACUCCACCGGGGCUCGUGCUCGUCACGACAGGUCAUUGAGCGAGCAGAGCGUCGUGGGUGUUCGGGAAGAAGAUUCGGCUUCCCUUUCCGCAAUCACACCAGUGGCGCCUGAGGUGCUGCGGCAAGAAGGCGAUAACCGUGGUCUAAGUAUCGAGUCUGCCUCCGCCUCUCAUCGUCAUCCUGACAACAGCGCAUUUGCCACGAUGAUGCCGGACGAGCACCCGGCGGCGGUUUCCGCGGAGGAAGGGGAGUCUGCAACUCUUUCUUUUGGGGUCGGGGACAUCAAAACCAAAGCGAAUGAAAGCAAAAGCACGACUGCCAGCGGCGGGACCAGUCCAGAAGCGACCAAAUCCUUGUCUGGGGGGGCUGACAGCACAACCGUUCGCGCAAAAAACCGAUCCUGUUCGCGCGAGAGGCUGCAAGAGGCGCAGAGCUCUCUGCAAAAUGGGAAUGCUGAGCGCGACUACUGGCCAGGGCGCGGACACCAUCCCAGCGAAACGGCGCGUCUAACGGGAAGAUUCUACUCGAAGCCGGAUGGUAGUUUUUUUUAUGAUAUUUUGAGCUACCUUGAGUCUCAGUCGUAUGUGUCCUCGCACAAGCAAGAUCAUGGUUGUUGCCCAGCCGGCGUGUGAAGUAUUAACGCAGGCGUGACUGAAUCUCAGGUCGGGGCUUCGCUUUCCUUCGCGAGUGGAACACGGAGCGUGAGUUCUUCGUUCCCCCACCAGAACUCGAACGCCUCCAGCGGGAGCACCCAAACAUGCCAAGGCAGGCGGCAGUGUUUUUCGAAGUGAGACCAGACCGACACUAUUCAGGGAAAUUUAACGCGGUAAAUCUAUCCCUUCCCGACAACGAGUUGAACCACAUCGACGAGAAACGCCGCCUCUGGGAGAACAUUUCCCGCCUCGGCGAUAGAAACCGGCUUGCGGAUCCCGACCGGGCGUUGAUGACGCAUUCAAUCAUCAGUGGGACGAAGGGCGACCGGGCCUUUCCGCCCCAGCUCUUCGUGGACGACCAGGCGCAGAAGGGGGAAUUGCACGAAACCAUGGCGCAAUUACAAGCGCAAGGCUUCCAAACUCCGUCGAUCACGGAAAAAGCCAGUUUUCCGAACUUCAACUGGUUCCAGGAUGUCGACAUUCUCAUCCCACCGCCCGCGGACUUUCACGGAACCGGAAAUCUUCAGCCACCCGAGCUGAGUAAGGAGGAGGAACAGCACUGGGUCCACCGCUGCGUGCAAAUUUUAGCUGCCGCAGUGACGCCGUACUGGCAGGAAAUCGACGCAGAUGGGUGCCCAGUGAUGGAUGAAAGCGGCCGGCCGAAGCUGAAGAGCUCCACCCGGUGUCUGAUAACCUCCGCUACCGGCUUCGCCCAGCAUCCGUAUUGCCAGCAGAAGAUCAGCUUGCACAUCGUCUGGCCGGAUUGCGUAAUCGACAAGGAGCGUGCGAGGAAGUUGUGGCAACUCGCGGUGAAUGCUGCAGGGGAGAUCAAAAUGACGCCUCUCAACAAGCCCGGUUCGAAUCCCAUAUCCGAACAAGUACAUGCUGCCUCAUCCUCUUCAAGCGCUACUUCGGCGAGUAGCAGCUCUACUUUGAAGCGACCGGCGGGAGGACCAGCGGCCACUGUUCCCGUGGACGAGCAGAUCGUGGAUUGGACAACCGUAUUCGACAAAGGCUCCUCGCACGGAGAUUCCCUGCGAAUGAUGUACGCGGACAAAUGGAACAAGCAGGACUUGAAGUACGAGGGUCGCCGGAAGAUGCCGUACGGUUUGUACGAAGUGACCUUGACGCGGAAGCCGGAAGAUUUCGCUAUGAAGUUGCUGAAGGGCCCGACGGAUUUGCAGGAGAAGGAGUGGCUGGAUUUGGCGUCGAUACGAGUCUCGCAGACGAAGAAGCUAGUGGAACUCUGGUAUAAUUUUUCAAAAAUAAACCAAUGGUUUUGGUUUAUUUGUGAUGGCGAGUUGGCGUUGGGGUAUUUCAGGUUUGAUUUUAGGAUUUUGCAUGCGAUGAAGAAACAUGAAGCUGCAUUGAAUUCACAAAAACACAGCUUGCCCACCGACACAGUGAUCCAGAAGUUGACAGAGCGAGCUAACCGUCCGACAGCCCGCGACAUGGCCCGCUUCAAGGACAUGCUAGAGCAAAAGCGAAGAAAAACGAAACAAAGCGCAACAUGUACCGGGGCCAACAGCGUCGAGCUCGGGCAGCCAAAAGUGAAUGUGAGGCAACUACCUGAGCCUGCAGCUACUUCCAGUUCUAGUUCCAGUAGUAGCACCGCCCGAGGACCACCUCUGCCCAUCUUAAAAUCCCGCCGCGAGGUGGAGGAGAAGGAGAUGAUUGGCGUGGCCGGCUACGGUCGCAAGCGACGUUCCAGGUCCUCGUCACGCAGACGUAGCAGGAGUCGCAAACGAAGCAGGAGGGACGACCGAGACGUCGACAAACGGCCCCCGAUCCUUCGACCCGCGAUGAACAGUAGACCACCAACAGCCCGCGGUCGUACAAUCGUGGGGAGCAACGGUGGUGGCAAGCGAAAGCCGAAGAGGUCGCGGACCCCGAGACGUGGUCGCGUUGGGAAAGAUGGUGAUCACUACGGUAAAGGGAAAGGCAGGGGGAGACGAGACCACAGGUCCUGUAGUUCCAGAGACAAUUACCGCCAACAUAAUUACGGGAGCUGCAAAGGCCGUCGUCGCUCGCGCGAGCGCGACUACGAGGACGAUUUCGAGGCGAAGGGCAAAGGAAAGACAGGCAAGGGUAAGCACGGAAUGUACGGUUACCCAAAUGACGAGCGGGCAGAAUGGAGCUCAAGUUCGGCUUCUGCAGCCAAUCACAACGGAUGGUAUGGCGCUUCAAGUCGGGAUUUGAACAAGAAUCAAUCGUCAUUCGAACAAUUUGACGCCGCCGUACCAAUUCAGUACCGGAUGCAUGUGGCAGCCUGCAACCUGAAUACGCAGACGAACACGUGCGACUUGCGGGCCGUUCUUUCGAAAGAAGGAGGUGUGGAUUUGUGCUUCCAAAUGACGUUUGAAGGUACGUAUGUUUUUCUAUCUACAAUUUACCCUAGCUUGUGCUUGCAUUGCCUGCUUUUUAUGAAUCCCGACAAAGCUAUGUCUUUCCUUCUAGUUCAUUCACCAUGCCACUAUAAACUAGGUCUCCUAGAUGCGAAGCCCCUGAUCAAGCUGUCCGACGCUACGGCUUCGUUUGCGGCGCUUGCCUUCGGCCUUGCGAUCUUGCUGCAGAAAGAAACCCACGCGUUCAGGAAGAAGCAGCCCGUCGGGAUUGCGGUCCACACCGACAACAAUUCGCUGUUGUCCAUGAUGAACAACAAGGCCAAGACCCACCCGCCGGGCUCCCAGGAACUCCGCGACUUGCUUCGUGACAUGAAGUUCGAGGACAACUUCCAGCUGCAAGCCUGUGAAGAGAGGAAGGGGACGAACAUCGCGAAACAAGUGAAGGAUGGCGAGCGCGCGGACGUGGAGUGCGUGAGGCAGGCGUUGUUGAGCGGGCUCAAGUACCAAGGCUCCGCAUUUUCAUACUCCAACAUGCACCAGAACCAUCCGAGGAGGUGCUGAAACAGAAUGUUGUAUCGAUCACCUUCCGAACAGUAGACCAUCAGUAGCAAGAGUCCAGGUCGGAGGUCUACCGCCCUGUUCAUGCAGAGCCAAGGCUUUUCUAUGUGCUUUUCCUAUUUUGCGGUCACGUUUAACCACUUCGUACGUCAUCCUCAUUUUGGUAGAGUUGCUCUGUCUCUCCCCCGUGUACCUUUCUGCAGCUACGUAAUUUCAAGAUUGUAGUUGUGCAUUCCUUGCUCCAGGUCCUCUGCGAAUUUUAUGCCUUAGUGCCCUCUGGGUUAUGCAGUGAAACAGCAAUAAGUAUCAUCGCGCUUUUGGUUUUCAAAUGAUUACUUUGAGUCUGAAACUGAAUCUUCUGAAAUAACACUGUAUGUAUCAGAAUCAGCAUACGCCUUCACACGAUGUAGUAGAGUCUCCAAGCAACUUAGUGUUCUACUUCCUCUUGAGAAAUUUAGUAUCUCC